GCCGGGCUCACUGCCCCGGGAGGCCCCGCCAAGCGCCGCGGAGCGCCCAGGAUGCGCGGGGCAGCCGCCACCCUCCGUGGCAAGGCGAGGCGCCGGGGGCGGGCCGGGGUCACCACGUCUGCCCCAGGGAACCGCACAGGCACCUGCGCUCAGCUGCGGCUGCCCCCGCAAGCCACCUUCCAAGUCCUUCGUGGUGAUGGUGCUUCCGUGGGGACCGUGCUCAUGUUCCGUUGCCCCUCCAACCACCAGAUGGUGGGAUCUGGGCUCCUCACCUGCACCUGGAAGGGGAGCAUUGCUGAGUGGUCUUCAGGGUCCCCAGUGUGCAAACUGGUGCCGCCGCAUGAGACCUUUGGCUUCAAGGUGGCCGUGGUCGCCUCCAUCGUGAGCUGCGCCAUCAUCUUGCUCAUGUCCAUGGCCUUCCUCACCUGCUGCCUCCUCAAGUGCAUGAAGAAGGGCGAGCAACGGCGCUCUAACAGGUCAGCCCAGCUGUGGUCCCAGCUGAGAGAUGAGGACUUGGAGACAGUGCAGGCCGCAUACCUGGGCCUCAAACGCUUCAACAAACCCACGAGCGGGCCCAGCCAGGCACACGACAACCACAGCUUCACCACAGACUAUGGUGAGAGCACCAGCAAGCCAGCCAGUGUGACCUGCAGCGUGGACAAGGACCCCAGGAUCCCCAGACCUCUGAGCUUCAUUGGCUCCCCCAGCUCACCCCAAGCCCAGGUGAUGGUGCACAUGGCGAACUCCAGGCGGCCCCUGCCUGCCUCUGGUCUGACCACAGGAAUGCAACGAUAGCCUGCAGCAUAUGCACUAGGGUGA